UAUUACCCAUUUUAAUCUAUUUGUCAUUUACAAAUUAAAUAGUGAAGUGUAAGCUAAUUUCUAUUUUUCUAGUGUAUUUUAGAAGAGACGUCACGGUUUUUAAGUCAAGCAAAUAAAAAUGAAAGAGAAACCAUGCAAAAUUAUGCAAAUAAGUAUGGAAUGUUGCAUACAUUUUUCAUAAUUUCCAAUUACAUGGGAUCUUUGGUAGUUAUACUGGGUCCCUUAUUUAUGUCAUCACGCUUUCCAACCGAUGCGAAAUAUCCAUUUUCAGUAGAUUCUGAACCAAUUAAAUAUCUCAUAUAUGCUCAUCAAACAUUGUGUGGCUUUCAAGUUUCAGCUGCUAUGAGCGUUGAUUGUUUAGUAGGGUACCUCUUAUGGUUUGUUGCCGCAAGGUUCGAUUUAUUGUCUCGCGAUUUUCGAUCUGCUAAAACUGAAAAGGAAUUUUACUUAUGCGUUCAAAACCAUCAAAAUUUACUUAGAUAUGCAGAUGAAAUAAUGAAGACUGUUUGUUUUCUCAUUUUUACAACCAUAUCGGUUGCAACGUCUGGAAUGGUUUUUUGUAGUAUACAUAUUUUUACAGUGAGUAAAACAACUUUUAACUGCAAGGAAGAGUAGUGUUUUUAAUUUCAACGAAUAAAAAGUUAUCUUUAAUAAUAUAUACUUUUCAAAUAGCCAGAAACAUUAAUCAUAAAAUUACAAUCGGCAGUGAUUGUUUGUGCUGGAUGUGGAUUAUUAUUCGUUUCAUCCUGGUCAGCUGAAUAUGUAAUCCUUACGGUAAAAUAUAUUAUAGACACUAAUUACGUUCACAAUUAUUAGAAUUAUUUACUUUAUAGUUAAUAAUUAAAUCAAAAUAAAUAAAUUUUUCUUUAAUUCGUACAUUUUUAUUUAACACGCACUUAAACUGUCAGGUUAGCAGUUCACUUUACACAUUAUUUACUAUUAAAAUUAAACCAUUAUUUAACUUCACUCUUGCUCAAAUCAAUUGAAAAACCGAUUUACUUUUAUUAGCAAUAGUUUAUUUCAUUAUAUUUCAUUGAUUUGCACCAAAAAUCAUCUUCUAAGCAGUUCUAAGCAAUUAUUGAGCUUUGCUUGAAAACUGAUUUUAUACAUUUGUCA